GGCCCGUCUGCAACCUACCGGCCGACCACGCUUCCCUGGUCAAGAGCUGGGCCGAAGACUCGGGGGGGGGCGGCGGCGGCGGCGGUGGCACCGGCGUCCCGCCGCGCCGCCCGCCGCGCCGCCCGCCCCCCGCCCGUCCCCCCGCCGAGCGGCUGGGGGCCACCUCGUUGCUGGAGCUGGCCCGCGGCCCCCAACCCGGGGGGGACCUGGCCGUGUUGGCCGCCAUCGCCCUCACCCGGGGGGGGCAGCGAGGAGGAGGAGGAGGAAGAGGAAGAAGAGGAAGAAGAAGAAGAGGAGGAAGAGGAUGGCGGCGGCGGCGCGCCCCCCCAGAUCCCGGCCGUUCCCCACCGCGAUCCCGCCGUCUUGCUGGAGCACAACUACGCCAUGCCGGUGCGGGCAGGGCCCCCCGCUCGCCGCGGCGGCGUCGCCGAAAGCCCGGCGGCCGCCCCGCACCCCGCCGAAUCGCUGCGCCUGGAACCCGCCGCCGCCGAGGUGCUGGAAGCCCCCGAGGAGGUGGUGGUGGAAGCCCACCCCGAGGCCGAAGGGCACCCCCCGCCGCCGGCGCACCCGCCGGCGCCGCCGGCCCCCCGCCGCAAGCGGCAUCGCCCCCCGCCGGUGCCCGCUUCUUCGGGGUCCAGCGAGAGCGAGGAGGAGGAGGAGAGCAGCAGCGAGGAGGAAGACGAAGACGAGGAGGACGAAGAAGAGGGGCCGCGGCGGUGGCUGCGUCCCCGGGGGCCCCCCUCGGCUCGGCGUUCCCCCCCGCCACGGUCCUUCGCCCCCCGCAGCGAGUUCGAGCAGAUGACCAUCUUGUACGACAUCUGGAGCACGGGGCUGGACGCCGAGGACAUGCGGUUCCUGCGCGUCACCUACGAGCGGCUGCUGCAGGAGGAUAGCGGCACCCACUGGCUCAAUGACACCCACUGGGUGCACCACACGGUGACGAGGACGAGCAGCCCGCGGCGGCGGCGCCGGUGGCCGGAGACGCGGGAGCACCGGACGGGCAGCGCCCGCAGCGAGGGUUACUACCCCAUCAGCCGGCGGGAGAAGGCGCGUUACCUGCACCCCUGCCCCGCGCCCCCCCAGGACCCCGACGUCCCCGACACCCAGGGUCCCAACCGCGUGCUGUCGGAGCGACGCUCGGAGCAGCGCCGGCUGCUCAGCGCCAUCGGCUCGGCCGCCCUCCUCGAUAGCGACCUGCUGAAGCUCAACCAGCUCAAGUUCCGGAAGAAGCGGCUGCGGUUUGGGCGGAGCCGCAUCCACGAGUGGGGGCUCUUCGCCAUGGAGCCCAUCGCCGCCGACGAGAUGGUCAUCGAGUACGUGGGGCAGAACAUCCGCCAGGUGGUGGCGGACAUGCGGGAGAAGCGUUACGUCCAGGAGGGCAUCGGCAGCAGCUACCUCUUCCGCGUGGACCACGACACCAUCAUCGACGCCACCAAAUGCGGCAACCUGGCCCGGUUCAUCAACCACUGCUGCACGCCCAACUGCUACGCCAAGGUGAUCACCAUCGAGGCGCAGAAGAAGAUCGUCAUCUACUCGAAGCAGCCCAUCGGGGUCAACGAGGAGAUCACCUACGACUACAAGUUCCCCAUCGAGGACACCAAGAUCCCCUGCCUCUGCCGCACCGAGAGCUGCCGCGGCACGCUCAACUAGCCCCGCGCCGCGCGCCGUGGGCCGGGUGUGGCCACUGCGGUUGGGGUGUGGCCGCCGCGGUUGGCGUUUGGCCAUCACAGUUGGGGUUUGACCACCACGGUUGGCGUUUGGCCAUCAGGGUUGACGUGUGGCCACCAUGAUUGGGGUUUGGCCAUCACAGUUGGGGUUUGACCACCACGGUUGGCGUUUGGCCAUCACGGUUGACGUGUGGCUACGACAGUUGGUUUGAGGAUGCCAAGGUUGACGUGUGGCCACCGUGGUUGGCGCAAGGAUGCCAAGGUUGACGUGUGGCCAUCGUGGUUGACGUUUGGCCACCGUGGUUGACGUGUGGCCACCGUGGUUGGCGCAAGGAUGCCAAGGUUGACGUGUGGCCAUCAUGGUUGACGUGUGGCCACCACAGUUGAUGUUUGGCCACCGUGGUUGACGUGUGGCCGCCAUGGUUGACGUGUGGCCGCCAUGGUUGACGUGUGGCCGCCACAGUUGAUGUUUGGCCACCGUGGUUGGCGUUUGGCCACCGUGGUUGGCGUGUGGCCACCGUGGUUGGCGUGUGGCCACCACGGUUGACGUUUGGCCACCACGCUUGGCGCGAGGAUGCCAGGGUUGGCUCGAAGCCGCCGCGGUUGGCCCGUCAUGGCGGCCGCCGCGUCACCGUGAGGUGGCCGCCUCACCCUUGACGUCAGGUCAUCGAGCUCGGCCCCCGGGGUCGCCGUGACGGCGCCGCCCCUGCCCGCCGCUAUGAUGUCACCACCCCUCCUACCCUCCCCUCGCCCGGCCAGAGAGCGGCCACCGUGAUGACGGCGGCGCCGUGAUGACAUCAGCACCGUGACGUCACCGCCGCCCCUCCCUUUUCCCCCGGAGAAGGCUCUUCCUCCUUUGGCUGUUUCUUGUAGAAACUCGGGGUGCGGCCGGGGGGGUGGGUGGGGGGGGCUGAGACCCCCUGGGGGGGGAGGGGGGGGUUUAGGGGGGUCCUGCCCCUCCCCCUGCCCCCCCUGCCCCUCCCCCCGGGGUUCCCCUCCCCCCCCCGCUCUGUAAAUACCCCCGGGGGGGGUGUAAAUACCCUGUAAAUGCCCCUCCCCCCCUCUGUACAUAUGUUGAUACGGGGGCGCCCCCGGGCCCCCCC